CGACGGGUCUCGACCACCACUUGCCAUCAGAUGUUAGUCGAGUCCGUUACUUAAUAGCUCCACACGCAAACCUCUGAACAAGUUAAAAUACAAAUUGUGAGUGCGUAUAUUUGAUAAGAUGUACUCAACGAUACUUGUUCUAUGUAUUUUUUCAACGAGCGUGCUGUCUUCACCAGUUGACUAUCCAAUCAAAAUCGAUCUGCCAGUGUACGACCAGCCCGGAGGUUCAUAUGGUCAAUCUUCUGAUGUCCAUUUAGCAGGACCAUUACUGGCUGAAAAUCAUCCUGGUGAUGAUACCAAGUAUAAACUUGACUCAAACUUUAUCACGAACAAAUUCGAGACAGCAGAAAUCAUCCGGUAUGAUGACCCAAGUACAAAGAUUACCAAAGACGGGAGCAUUCACCUGGAGUCCGAAGGUCUUGGAAGCAAAACGCUUUCCGUGAAGGAAAAUAUACAGCAUGUUGCUGCAGGGCUGCUUCAACCGAGACCAAUAGUGGAUACAAUUAAAGAAGAGGACAAGUAUGGCAAUACCGGUGACAAGUUUGCUAGUGCGGGCCGUGCAAUCGUCGGAGGCGCUGAGAGCAUUUCAAAUUUCGUCAAUUCGUUAAUCGCUGUGCCAGGAUCGAUAUUGAGAUCAAUAACGCGAGCAGCAUCAGAAAAACUGAAUGCUUUUGGCGGCAAACUUGUAGGCUUGUAAAUUUGUUGUUUAAGAAAUUGUAAAUAUGAUAGUUAAGUAAUGGUUGGUAACUCUUCCACGUAAUGUAUUUUUGGGAUAGUUUUAAGUAAAUUUCUUUAUAAAAUCACAAAUCGUA